CUGCAAUCAUAAAACAGCUGGAUGCGGCGAGCGGAUGCACGACUGGCAGCUGCAGAGGAUUCCUCUCUCGUGUUUAUCAGGAGGCUUCCUGUGAAGGCUCGUAUUCGACUCCAUCACACUAACAACCACAUGCACGAUGCCUGAGAAGACAAAAUAUAACCUGGUGGACGACAGCGAUGACAGCUUCCAGUGCGGCAUCGCCUUCCAGGUGAAGUUUAUUGGCACUUUGGACAUUGUGCGUCCCCAAAGCAGACUGGACAUCCUGGCAGCCAUGAGAAGGGUCCGGUAUGAGUUCAAAGUAAAAAACAUCAAGAAGAUGAAAGUCAGCCUUGUCGUGGCGGUGGAUGGCGUCAAAGUGGUGUUGCAUAAGAAAAAAAAGAAAAAUGCAUACAGCUGGGAUGAAAGUCAUGUAACACUGGCACAGGAUCCAAUAUACAGAAUAUUCUACGUCUCCCAUGACUCCCAAGACCUUAAAAUCUUCAGUUACAUUGCAAAAGAUAAGAAGAGCAACGUAUUCCGCUGCAACGUGUUCAAAUCCAAGAGAAAGAGUCAGGCUAUGAGAAUUGUGCAGACAGUCGGCCAGGCGUUCGAGGUUUGUCACAAACAGAGCCUGGACACUGUAGAUGAUUGGUUGGUGAAGUGCGAGGAGGAGAGGGGAGAGGACGGGGAGGAGGAGGAGGAGGAGGACACUGGAGAUCCUGAUACCACUCAAGACGAGACGACGCAAAAGACCGAUGUAAAGUCUUCUCAGGUCUCUGAAGAUGCUGUGGUUGAAAUUGAGCCGUCAGGACUGUUGUCUCCGGUCCCAGAGCACCUGUCACUGAACCACCGGGUCCAGCUUCUGAAAAAACAGCUCAAACAGCAGGAACAGAAGAGCCAGGCUGCAUCAGCACAGGCUGUCCUGCUUCAACAGCAGCUGUGUUUGGAGGCACGGGCAAGAACAGAUGCUCAAGUUCGAGCUCAGCAGCUCCUGCAGCAGAAUGGCGAGCUCCUACAGCACCUCUCCAUGCUAAUCAAACACAUCCAGGAGCUUGAACUCCGCACACACUCGUCCUCCUCCAACAUGGGAUCUCAGGACAGCCUGUUGGAGAUCGCUCUGAGAGACAACGUCCCUCGUUUCUCACCCUCGAAGAAGCCCAACGUGGUGCGUCUGGAUCCGUUCGGCUUCUUUCCAGGACCGGCGGAUGGUGAGAAGAAGCCAGAGCAGGACAGGGAUUCAGGCCAGGGUCCAGACGAUGAGCAAAGUGAAAGUUCUCCAACCGAGGCUCGCUUCUUCUGCACUUUGGAGCUCCCUGGAUUCAGGGAAUCGAGUAUUGCAUCCGGAUACGAGUCCAAUACAGACGAGAGUGAUGAUAGGGAGAGCUGGGGCCAAUGAGCGAUUGAAGAUUGAAGUUCUGUAAGCAGAGAUGGAGAUACAAUUAAGCUUCAUAUGGUUGGGAGUUUUGAGAGAACGGAUUAAAUUAAUUACAAAUGGAUUUGGAUUAGGACUGACGUUUAUGACGUUAAUGACUAAGAAGGAUACGUGAAAGAUAAACUAUCUGAACUUUUUGUUGAAAAGUGUCUUGGAGGGACACUGCUGUUUUUUGAUGAGAGAA